AUCAUCAUCGUCAUCGCGGAAUAAAUUGCCCGGAAAGCGCAGAAACGGGACCGUCUGUUGUAAAGUUAAGUCGAAAGCGAGUGCAUUCGGAACAAGGAAGUAUUCUGUUCGAUUGGAAACGAUGGUGGAUUCGGUGUCGAUCGUAAGUGGAGCGGAUGUGGUCAAAAUCAAUAUCUCCAAUUCCCACAACGAUGCCGUUUCGUUCGAGCGACGGUACAGCAAAUCAUUGAAGAUUUCCGAAUUUAAGGCCAAACUGGAACCGAUAACGGGUGGCUUGGCGGGCACCAUGCGCCUGGAGCUGUACAGCGGGGACCGAUUGGUGGCCAAGCUAGACGACGACAAUCAACUGCUGGGUUACUACCCGGUCGAGGAUGGCAUGCGGGUGCACGUGAUCGAUAACUUCGCCUUUGUGCAGGAAAACGUGCAGAAGUUUGAGCUGAGCCAGGACGAGUACGACAAAAAGCAGGACAGCGUUCGGAGCUAUCUGAAGCGGAACAAGCUGGGCAAAUACAACGAAGAGGAGGUGGCCCAGCUGGAGCGGGAACGGAAGAAGCAGGAAGAGGAGGAUGCACGGAAGCUGGAACAGGCUGAGAUCGGGUCCCGGUGUAAGGUCACUACCAAGGGACACCCUACUAGGCUGGGGACCGUCAUGUACAAGGGAGAGCUGGAGGGUAAGACGGGUGUCUUCCUGGGCGUGAAAUUUGAUGAACCCCUGGGGGCAAACGACGGCACCUGUGAAGGUAAGCGAUACUUCGAAUGUCCUCCCAAAUAUGGAAGCUUUGUGGCGGCUAAAGCGGUGGAGAUAGGUGAUUUUCCACCGGAAAACGAUGGCCUGGAUGAUGAGUUGUAAGGGGUUUUUGGACCUCUGGAUGCCUUCUUCAUUCCGCGUGAAUCCUCGAUUGAGAGAUGGUAUAAAACUAAGUCAUAAGUUACGUUUUGCUGCAAAAGCUUAUCAUGCUAACUCUCACUUGUUUGAUGCUUUAUGAGUCAAAUUGUUUUGAUCAAUCAAACCCCAACGCACCACACAUUGCAUGACAAUUUAGUUAGUUAUUAUGGAA